AAGUGCUAAAAACAACGACUAGAACAUACCCAAAACAUAGCCCCAAAAUGGCGACGCCACCGGUAGCGGCAGGGGGAAACUUUGAAGCACCACCACCACCACCGAUGCAACCUCCCGGAACGGACAUGACAGGUAUAUGUUUCAGAGACCAAUUAUGGCUAAACACGUACCCGCUUGAUCGAAACCUGGUUUUCGAUUACUUUGCCCUAUCUCCAUUCUAUGAUUGGACCUGCAACAAUGAGCAGCUUAGGAUGCGAUCCAUUCACCCUCUUGAUCUCUCUCAACUUUCGAAAAUGACUGGGAUGGAGUACAUGCUUAGUGAAGUUAUGGAACCACACCUCUUUGUUAUUCGUAAACAAAAGAGGGACAGUGCGGAGAAAGUCACACCGAUGCUAGCGUAUUAUAUUUUGGAUGGUUCGAUAUAUCAAGCACCGCAGCUUUGCAAUGUCUUUGCAGCUCGAGUUGGACGUGCUCUCUAUUAUAUAUCGAAAGCUUUUACGACUGCUGCAUCAAAACUGGAGAAAAUCGGAUAUGUUGACACCGAAAAUGAAAGCGAAACUGUUGAACCAAAGGGCGGUAAAGAGGCAAUCAACAUCAAGGAAGUUAAACGCGUGGAUCAUAUUCUUGCUUCCUUGCAGCGAAAGUUACCACCUGCGCCUCUGCCACCCCCGUUUCCCGAUGGCUUUGUUCCGCCUUCAACAGCAGAAGCAGAGAAAGAUCCCGAAAACCAGCAAACAGCAGAGCCGCAACCUUCUGCUGUUGAUCCCAUCAUUGAUCAAGGUCCAGCUAAGAGAAUGAAAUUUUGAGGCCAUUGUUUUCCUCCCAUUUCAAUGGAGCAUUUACAACUUAUUAGCUAACCGAAAAAUCUUGGUUCAGUUUAUUCAGUUUUGACAAUAAAUUUGGUUCGGUUUUAGAGACUUGGUCGGUUAACUCGAUUAUUGAUGUUAAAAGACCAGUCCGACCGAAUGCACACGCUACCUUUUAGCCUUGUGUUACCCACAAGCUUUGUCAUCUAAUGUAAAUGAUAUUAGCUAACCUCUUUCUUUAUGUCAAAAUUAUCAUCCCAUUCUGCUUC